GACGCAUCUAAAUGUCACUGUCAGCUCUCAGACCUGGUCAUAUAUCUACUGAUGUAGAUGAUCCAGAAUUAGCUUUUGAGAAAUAACAUCACUUUGGCUCAAAAAUGUAAUCAUUGUUUUAUUUUUUAUCCAACAUGACAGUCUGGAGGCUCCACCUUAAACUCCACACGCGUCCUGUGCUCUCCGUGAGCCGCGAAGUUUCCGGUCAGUGACAUGAAAACGUGUUGGUGAUGAACCUGUCAGAGGCCAAAGCGGAGCUGCGGAGGCUGCUGGGCGCGGUGAGCCCGGCCGCCCUGCCCGGCCUGCUGCACUGGCUCCGGAGCUCAGACGAGCUGGAUGAGCUGCUGUCGGACAACAGGAAGUCUGUCCUGCGGAGCAUCGCGGAGGACCUGAGGAGCCGCCUGCCUGCGGAGGCCGUGCUGCCGUCUGAGAGCGCCGCGCGCCUCAAAACGCAGCAGCGGUCUCAGCCCACGGUCCACGUGGACGCCUUCCUGUACGACGAGGAGCAGGUGGACGUCCUGUGUGAGGACGGCAGCCUGAGCCGCUCCUACUGCCUGAGCUGUGGCUCCCACAGGACCGCCCCCCUGGAUUUCAUCUCCCACUCGUUCUCUGUGGCCGAGCUGUGUUUCCUGUUCCAGAACGUCCUGCCGGACCUGACGGGACGCCUGCUGCUGGACGUGGGCUCCAGGCUGGGAGCCGUGCUGUACGCGGGCUUCCUGUACAGCUCAGCCGCUCAGCUGGUUGGGGUUGAGAUCAGUGAAGAGUUCGUCAGCCUGCAGAGACAGACUGUGGAGAAAUACGGCUUCUCCCACCGAGUGCAGGUUGUCCAUGCAGACGUAUGCAGUCAGGACGUUCUGCUGCAGAACGCCGACGUGCUCGUCAUGAACAACGUCUUCGAGUUCUUCAUGGAACCCAGCGACCAAGUCAAGGCCUGGAGGUUCAUUGUGCAGCACUUCAGGAGGAGAGGCUCUCUGCUGGUCACCGUCCCGAGUCUGCAGGAGUCUCUGUCUGCCCUGCAGGAGGCGCUGCAGGCCGGCUGGGUGGAGGAGCUUCCUCUGGACUACGACGUCUGCCUGGACCGAGACGCCGACCCCGACGCCCUCAGACAGAUCCACCUGUACAGAGUCAUGUGACCCGAGGCCGGCCUGAGCGUCCCGGGACUGUGGACAGAGAGCCGGAGCCCCCGGAGCCCCCAGAGAAGCCCCAGGCCCUGGAGCCCCAGAGCCCCCGGAGGCCCCAGAGCCCCCGGAGCCCCUGGAGCCCCGGAGCCCCUGGAGCCAGCGGAGCCCUGGAGCCAGCAGAGCCCUGGAGCCCCGGCCUGCAGGGGGUGCUGCAGCGGGUCCAGCUGGACUGAACCGGUCUGGUCUGGUUUCUGGACUGUGAGGUUCCAGUCUUUUUGUAAAGAGCCUCGUCUGGAUGUUUUGCUGCGAACAGCUGCAAUAAAUAAAUUCAUGUCAAAUUCA